AUGAACGUGGGUAUCGUGAAGUCCAUGGCCAUCUUGGGCAUCGGAGGGGUUGGCCUAAGAGCCCAGUACAUUUUUCCAAAUUCAGCAAAUCACAACCUAGUGGGUGCGAUCAAUCAGAUGCAGCACAUCAAGCUCGUGCAGCAGCCCCCAGCAUCACGUGGAAUGGUCUGGGCUACAGUGCAGCGUCGGCCAGACAUUUAUCAGUUGUAG